AUGCCAGCCGUCGAUCCACAUUAUCUCUGGGCCUUUGGACAUGGUGUAAUGCUCGUCUCAGCGGCAUACGUCCUACUUCAAACCGUAUUAUUCCGACCUUCACCCACCAAAUCAUACAAAUUAGCAUUCACCGGUGCCCUUUUGUCGUACUCUAUCGUAGUUUACAAAUCACUAGGUAAACCACAACUGAACCAAGCCUGGUUGAGAAGAGCAUUGGUAGAUGAGAAUGUCCAAUAUGCCAUUCUGGCGCUCUAUUGGUGGGUCGCUAAGCCCGUUAAUGUCUCCAUCCUUCCAUUUGCGACCUUUUCUCUUUUCCACUGUUUGACUUUCCUCCGAACUAACAUCAUACCCAAACUUGUACCACCACCAGCUCAAGGUACUCAAGGUCAAGCCCAAGCACAAAGACCACCCGUCUUCCUCGAAACUAUCUCUAGGAAAAUCCAACUUUGGGUUAAAAGCAACUACGACGUUGCUAUGCGAUUCGUAGCUUACUGCGAAUUGUUAAUUUGCGUUAGACUCAUUUUGGGUGUGUUGACAUUCAGACAAUCAUUCAUCGCACCAUUGUUCAUGGUCCAUUUCGUCCGACUACGAUAUCACGCUUCCCCAUUCACCAAAUCUGCCAUCACCAACGUCACCUCUUACAUAAAUAACUUUGUCGUCGGUAAACCACCGGUAGUUCAGAAUGUCUGGAAUACCUUGAAGAGGGUUAUAGCUACUUGGGGUGGAGCACCUUUGAUCGCUGGACAAGGUCAAGCGCAAGGUCAAGGUCCGGCUGCUGCUCAGGCUCAAGCUGGUAGAAGAUAA